UGAGCUGCGGUCGCACUGCUCCUCAGGAUUCAACCACAAACAAAACGCGCAAUUGAAGUUGAUCGGAGAUAACCACGUAUUCCUCCAGCUCCGUGAUGACGGAAGUGCCGCCGAAGAAGCGCAACGCCUGCGUCAUCGUGCUGGGCGACAUCGGACGCAGUCCCCGGAUGCAGUACCAUGCCCAGAGCUUACUAGAGGAGAACUUCAACGUGGACGUCAUUGGCUACCUGGAGACGCGGCCCCUGGAGGCACUGACCCAACAUCCGCGAUGUCGCAUCCACGAGUUGACCGCCGUGCCAGUGACGAACCUCACACCCAAACUGCGGCUACUCUUCAAAGCCUUCUGGCAGACGCUCAGCUUGCUGAUGGCGCUCAUCUCCAUUGGUCGGCCAAGCUUCCUGCUCGUCCAGAAUCCGCCAGGGAUUCCCACGCUGAUCGUUUGCUAUCUGUACUGCGCCCUCACUCGCACCAAGCUGGCCAUCGAUUGGCACAACUACACCUACACGGUGCUGGCCGUGGGGAUGUCCGGUGGGGAGCAGAGUCCGCUUAUCCGGCUGGUGCGUCGCCUGGAGCGCUAUUUCGGCUCCAAGGCUCACACGCACUUCUGUGUGACGCGGGCCAUGCAGGAAGAUCUGCAGCAGAACUGGGACAUAGGACCUGUUAACGUUCUGUACGAUCGCGCGCCCUCUCAAUUUCAUCCCAUCGACCUGCCCCAGAAGCAUGAACUCUUUCUGAAGCUGGCCAAGGACUUUCCGCAGUUCCAGACCAAGGACAACAGCCAAUCCGAUGUGCUGGAGGCCACCGCUCUUACGCAGAAGUUGGCCAACGGCAGCGUGCAGUACAAACCCCAAAGACAGGCUGUCCUGGUGUCCAGCACCAGUUGGACGCCCGACGAGGACUUCGGUAUUCUUCUCAAGGCCCUGCAGGCGUACGAGGAGACGGCGCAAGCGGAGCCCCUGGUGUACCCCUCCCUGCUGUGCAUCAUCACUGGCAAGGGACCGCAAAAGGAGCACUAUGCGGCCGAGAUCGACCGGCUGGAAUGGCGAAAGGUGUCGGUGAUCACGCCCUGGCUGGAGAUCGAGGACUAUCCCACUGUGCUGGCCAGCGCCGACCUUGGAGUGUGCCUGCACUGGAGCACCAGUGGCCUGGAUCUGCCCAUGAAGGUGGUCGAUAUGUUCGGAAGCGGUCUGCCCGUCUGCGCCUACGAUUUCAAGUGCCUGAACGAACUGGUGAAGCACGGCGAGAAUGGCUUUGUGUUUGGGGACCACGUUCAGCUGGCCGAACAGCUACGCAUCUGGUUUGAGAACUUUCCAAAUAAUCCGAGUAUCCUGGAGACGCGAGCCGGCUUUCAGCGCAGCCUGCAACAGUUCCAGGAGCUGCGCUGGCGAGAGAGUUGGCGUCUCGUUGCGGCACCCGUACUGGAGGCAUUCCUCUAAGGCAUUUUAUGUUGUUUAUUUAACAAAACGUUUGACAAUUACACACUAAGGCAGACUCA